AUGGAGCUCGACGAUACAUGGGAUCCUGAUCCCUUGCCAAGUUGCAGUUCUAGGAAUCAACCUCAGCCUCGAUUCAAAAAAGAAAAGGCUCAUCACUCUCAAGAACAACCGGAACCACAACCUCAAUACUACCAGCAAUCAAAAACUUCUAAUUCACAACAUAGAGGUCGGAACGUGCCCAUGAAGCUUUAUCAAAACUUUUCAGACGAUGAAAGCUCAUCGGAUGAAUACCCUGUCGUCUUGCAACAACCGCAGGUCAACCAUAAAAGAGUGGUAAGUCCCGCUCAGCCUGCGCAUGACCGAAGGAAGCGACAUCAGAGUGAGCACCCAAGUCGCAUUGAACGUGGCCGCACAACAAACGUAGAGGAGGUUGUAUAUGAUCACAUCUCGGCGAUCUCGCGGUCUCGCAAUAAGUCCGUUGCCCGCAAUGAUGCUCGAUAUAAGGUCAGGACAAAUCAUGUAUUCGAAGGGUACCAAAAUGUCGAGAAUUCCGUGGCAGUUAGUAAAAAGUCGACCGCCCGUAGCCGCUCACGUGCAAGAGACUUAUACGAGGAUCAAGGUUAUGCUAUAAUGGAGAAUUACAACCAGCAGUUUGACAGACAACAAGGCGUAUUUUCACCGCAGAAUAAUGCUCAAACUAAGAGGUACAUGAAGGAGGAGCCAACCUACGUAUCUAUGCCACCUAACACAGAUGCUCACAGAACAGCUGGUAGAGGUCGCAAAGAAACUUCCAGAGUCAAUAAAGAAUCAGUCGGUACACCCAAGCAAAGGCAACGUCAUGCUCAAUCUCGUGCACAGAGCCUAGCCCCACGAAUAUCCAACGAGAAUAGCGAUAUUCAAUAUCUGGGUACCGGAAAUGGUACGUACAGUGUCAGAGCCCAGAGACAGGAGAAGGAGAACCAACUUCGCUCGCCAUUAUGGUCAAGCCAUGAUUUUGCUGUACCCAAACCUUCCUCUGCGAACAGAUUGCAAGGGAGAAUUGACAAGCCUAACUCGAUGAAGCCACCUCCCCAUACGCCAAAGAAUCAGUCUGGGAGAGUUAGAUCCGUUGCGUCUGAUAGCACACAGAAGAAUUCAAGUCAAGCCCGAACGAUCGAUUAUGGUCCUAUUGAUGAUGACGAUGUCUACGAGACACCAUUGGAAAACGAUCUUCGUCGUAGAUCCAAGUCUCACGUGGGGGUCCAUAAUGGUCCCAUGAAUUUCAUAAAUGCUCUGCCAAAGUCUAGUGUAUUUCGAAGAAAGAAUCUCGAAGUAGCAGAGCAGGUUCAUCAAACUCCAUCCAGUGAUUCAAAUAGAUCUAACAAUUCGGGGGUCACUAUUGAUCUCGUUACGCCAGAAAGUACUCUUUGUGCCCGCAGUUCAAUGCCUUUUAUACCUCAGCACUGGACUCCAACGAGAAGGGGCCCGAUCAGAGUAUCGGCACCCGAGAAACUCUCUGAUCAGGAUGAUCUUGGCGCUCAAAGUGAACAACAACCUGGUCAGAAUACUCAUCAGCACCAAGCCAUUGAAUCUAGCCCUGAUAAGGGAGAGCAACCUGAAGAAAAUGUUCGUCAACAACAAGCAGCUGAGAAGAUCAUCCGACAAGAACUCAAUGCUGAUAAGAAGGCUUUGCAAGAAGAGUUAUUCGGAGAAGUUAUUGGCGAAACUGUGGAAGAAAAGAGAGUGCAUGAGGAAGCUAAACGUUUGGAGGCUCAGAGAUUGCGAGAAGAGAAAGAGAAGCAAGAUCUCAUUGAUGCCGAGAGGAAGCGAAAGAAGAAUGAAGCAAGAGCCAAGAAAGAGAGCGAGAGGAAAGCAGCUGAGCAGGCCGAGAAGGAGAAAGAGAUAGCAGCCAAGAAAGCCAAACGCGACGCCGAACGCCAUCAUCAAUCUUUGAAAGAGCAACAGAAUGCAGAUGAGAGACGUAAGGCUGCAAAUAAGUCACUACAAGAGAAGAGAGAAAAGGAUUUGGCUGUGGCCAAAGCUGCCGAGGAAAAAGCCCAAGCUGCAGAAAAGGAAAGGAAAGAAAAUGAUGUUAAGUUUGAGCAAAUGAAACGACAAUUGGAAAAGCUUGAGGCGCAAGUCAAAGCAAAAUCGAUCGCGGAGUUGAAGCCUGCGAGAAAGUCUACGACUGUGGACGCCAUCUCAAACAAAGUUAACUCUCUACCUCCUCAAGUUACGCGUUCAACAAGCAUGGAAGUUGAUAAUGAAGGCUCAUUACCCACUCCACAGACCCAAAUAACACCUGUGGAUGAUGCUUCAAACACAGAAAAGACUUCACCUCCUCAGGCCACACUUCCAACAAACACCGAAGUCGAGGAUGAAGAUUCACUGUUCGUUUCAGACAAUCGAAAGGCAGUCGUGGAAACCACUCCAGAACAGCAAAUUUCGAAUGGUCUUCAAAGUACCACAGGAAGCUCCAGUAGUGAUUCGACAAUUGUUCAAUCCUUAGAACAUGAUCGACCUCCUGCCAGUAUGACUGAGAUCUUUGCCAAAACAAUUCUCAAUCCAAGUGGUGACAAGACUCUUGAAGAUAGAGAUGCUGAGCGUGAAGCUAUUCGCAAAAAUAGAGCAAACGAGAGUGCAGCUGCCAAGCAAAAACGAGCCAAGUCCAUCCCCGCGGAGCCAAACUCUGAAACGGUUGCUCAUAAAGCUGCUACGCAGGCAACUCCUAAAGUGUUAACAAAAAGCCCGUCAAAGAAGAAACGGACCCAGUCACUGACAAAGUCACUCGGAGGUUCUAUAUUCAGUGCUAAACUACAACCUCUACCCGGACAUGAGCCCGAAGGGUACGUUCCUCGCGAACAACCAAAAGAACCUCAGAAUGUAACCGAAAACUCUAAUACAGAGCUUACAGUCUCGAAACCGCGCCCACUUCCAUUGCCUUUACCUCCCCCUCUUCCCUUGCCAGUAAGGUCUACUAAUACUUCAAGUAGACCAGAAACGCGUUUGAUUUCGCAAGCAGAGCGAGAGGAAAUUGAAGCUAAUCGCCAAAGAGUCCAGGCUGCGGCACAGGCUCGGAAGGAAAAUUCGAACAGAGCCAGAUUGGAGGAGAAAAAAGCUGCGUCUGCGAAAAAGAGAACAGUUGAAUAUCGCAAGAAGAAAGAAAAAGAACUGAUUGAAGAAGCUCGUAAAGAAGGCAGAUUAAUAGGUGAUUCUGAGCUUGAAGCUAGGCUUAACAAAUUAAUGGAGAAGCGAGAGCGCGAGAUGCAGCGAAAAAGAAAACGUGCUGGAGAAAAGACUUCAUCGAACGAACAUGAACAUGAUACUGCUUGUAGUACCAGCAUACCUAAUGAUUCUGGUUUGGCCGCGGCGCAUAUCUCAUCCUCCGAUACUGCUAGUGAUUCUAAUCAAGUUGAAGAAGAUGAUGAUUCUUUGACUCGUGAUCUGAAAGAGCAUAAAAUCAAAACGGCCGAGGUAUUGAAAGAACGGGCGCAAUCUUAUGCAGCUCGACGUACCCAACCACAGCCAGUGAAGAAACUGGAACCACUUUUCGACUCGGACGAGUCAGAAGAGUCUGAAGAGGAUCCGAUUGAUGAUGAAACUCUGGAAAUGAUAAUGCAACACAAUCGAAAAAAUAAUGCUCUUGCUGAGGCUACAAAGGCUGGUAAGAAUGACGAUGGGAUCCAAUCAGAAACUCUGACUGAGGAAGAGAUUGCUUUCGAGAAAGAAAUGAGAGAUCAUUUGGAAAAAGAUCCAGAUGUCGAAGAAGAGUCUCAAGAAGCAACCGCUACACUCAACCCCGAUGAACAUAAUGCGCAGAUCGUCCCACCAAUGCCAAAUAUGACGAGAUACUUUGAGGGGCAAUCCGCUCCACGAUCCUCUAGUGGUCUAGAAACCCAAUCAACGUUACUUCCAGCGCCGAGUCAAAUGGCCAGAACAUUGUCUGCCAAGUCCCAAGAGCCUGUAUCAUAUAAAAUGGUCAAUUUAUAUAUGGUUAUGACACAAGUAACGCUUGGCGAAUAUGAGGACGAAGCAAUUCUCAAGAAGAAGUUCUUUGAUCUUGAAAAGGCCAACAAGCAUGCACAGACGCUUGUCAACGAAUACAGAACCAAAAUGUUCAGACAGCAGGAGAUUCUGGAGAAGUGGAAUUCCGACCGUACGUAUCAUGGCCAAGUCAUUCACGACGAAGAGAAGAUUACCAAGGUCUUUGUCACAUUAAAGCCGAUGAACACCGAAGACAUUGACAGAUACGAUCCAACACUGGUACGCCCGAUGUUUGCCAAUAAAUACUACACGAUCCGAUUCGAGAAGGUCGUUGAGGAAAUUGACCCUGAAACUCAAAAAGUCUGUAUGACAUACCGUACUGCUGGAUUUGCAGACUCGAGCAAACUGUACACGGUUUUGGAAAUGGCGAAUCAUGCUGCUGCCGAAUACGUCGCCAAGGAAAUGAAACCCAAAGAAGAGGAGCAUCAGACUGCGUAUGUAGAAGACCUGCUACCACAAGUAAGAACAGGAAGAGAUAAUUGCACCCAAACAGAUGAAUUGUUCUGUUGCGAGGUGACUAGCGAACAAGUUCCUUGGGCAGAUUUCAAAACAUUCGACGUUAGCGUGGAACUUUGGACAACUGAGGGCCCGAUUAAUUAA